UCUGUUUUUUCAAAAUUUGUUUGUUUGCUGGUCCUCUGCUGCCAACAUCAAAGAGCUCCUUCAACUGCCGGCUCCCUAGCGUCUCUAUCCCCGUCAUAAGUAAACGCGAACUUGCUUCUGCGACUUCCUUGUCAAGAGGCGCCUCCUCCUUUACCUACGUCAACACGCAAUCAACACUGCCAGCCUCAUUAAAACAUCUUCCAGCGCUGAUAUCCUCUUGUUUCUCUUUUUUCUCUAUUUUUCAGCAUCCUUUCAAGCCAGCUCCACUCUUUCCGGCACUUCCUAAGGGAAAACACUUGCCCCUAGGCAUCUUUACUCACCUAGUAUCAAACCCUGUAAUCCUUAGGCAGCUAUAUCAUCUCUGCCUAUCCGGCCACUCCUAUAAAUUCGACAUCAUGGAUAUCUCCGAUGAUUCUGAUUUCUACGGUGACGAGGAAACCGUCAUGAACCUCCAGCAACGUGUCCAGGACUUCGACGUCGACGCCUGGAUGUUUCAGCAGCAAGAAAACCCCGGGAGGGCUGUCCCUCGCAGCACCCUCGUCGGUGACACCUCGCAUCUUCACAACCCUUAUGCCGGUGUUCCCUACGCCUGGCAGCUCACAGAGACCGUGGACGAGUUUCUUGUUCGACUACCUCCCAAGACGACAGAACUGUCAGAGGAAACCCCCUGGAUCUUCAUCUGCAACCCCUACAUCCCGCGAGUGGAAAAGGCCAUGGCCCAGAACCAGCUUAGCAAGGGUAAUGAGGACGAGGCCCCUGAGGAAGAGGGAAGCAGAACAGCCCUUGUCAUAGAGGGCGGGCACGAGAGACUCCAAAUUGCCUCCAGGUUUAUACAAGGCAUCCCGAGGAAUGUACCCAUUUCGGUACAGGAGCGAGAGGCCAACAAGGAAAAGAAGAGUGCGGCAGAGGACAUACUGCAGCUGGCACACGCCGCCAAAGUCCGCGCAGGCAAGUGGAUGCUCUUUUGCCCUCCAGCAGAGGUCAACGACGUAUGGGACAUAGUGGCCAAGGCAACAGCCAACAACGAACUCGGCAUUGCCGCAAAGGUUGGCCCCAAGCCUGUCGACGAGGAUUCUCGCAGGGAUCGACUCAUCUGCGUGUACACGACCGAUUUCGCAGACAAGGCUGAUGUUGGCCGGGUUCUCCAAAAGCUGAGAGAGCUCAGAUUGGUAGAGGCUCGAGGACGGCCAAUCUACUACAAGCCAGAUGCGUACACCUACAUCGGAAUAUCUUCUGGGAACAUUUGGGGCCUAAAAGCGUCCAUCUAUAGCUCAAAUGACAUAUUCAAAAGCUGA